ACCCUGGACCACAUCAUCCGCUUCCUCUCGUCGUCGAGCGGCCACGACAAGGCGUGGAUGCUGACGCAGUACUUCACAAAGGUGCUGGCCUGGAUUGCAGCCAACAAGGGCCACAUGUCGACAGCCAACCGCAUCAAGGCAUUCUCGGGCCUGGUCUCCGACUACCGCAUCAUGAUCCGGCUCACGGGCCUGAUCCCGAUGGCCCAGUAUGUGCGGUACGGCGAGCAGGUGCCGGCACAGACCAAGCUCCUGCAGUGGCUCGACCGCAUCAUGAAUCUGGCCCUGAUCAUCUACUACCCGCUCGAGCACACGUACUGGCUGGGCGCCCACAAGCUGGUGCCGAUUUCCGACAAGGUGAUCGAAGAUGCCGGCUACUGGUCGUGCCGCUUCUGGGCGAUCUGGGUCGCGCUGCAGUUUGUGCACCUUGGCGAGGAGUACCGGCUCAUCAAGAACAGACGCGCAAAGAUCUUCACCCAGGGCAAGCGCAAUGCACACGAGAUGCAGGAGGAGCUGGAUGCCGUCGAGAGCGACACCAAGAGCUGGAAGAUCCAGCUGCUGAUCAACGCCUGCUACUUCCCGCUGACCCUGCACUGGUCGAUUCGCGGCUCGACGUUCCCCGACGUCGCAGUCGGCGUGUGCGGCACCGUCGCUGCUGCUGCCCAGGCGUACAAUGUCUGG